AUGGCGACAAAACGUCCCGCAUACGACGGGGUCGGCCGCAGCACUGCCGCCGCGACAACGCUCCCCUUCCUCCUCCUCCUCCUCCUCCUCCUCCUCAUCCUUUCAGCGUCGACGGACGCCGCAGCUCGACCCACCAUCAGCGCUCUCCUCGCCGCCACUGGACCAGCGGUGCGCCGCGUUGGCGGCGCCGGCCGCUCCGAGAAUCUCGCGCGGCGGGGCCUUAACGACUAUUCCGACUACCAGCCGUGGUUGGAACCCCCUGAGGAAUGCCAUGAGGAGCAGGGGAAUUUGAACUGCCCCAGUGGCGGCGGGUGCAUGCACGAGUCGCAGGUGUGCGACGGCAAGCCGCAUUGCUCCGACGGCAGCGACGAGUCGCCCGACUUCUGCCGCGAGUUCGACUGCGAGCUCGUUCGCAAGGCCCAAAGCCGCAACUCCUUCCCACCCCUUUCCCCUCUCCCCCACAGGUGUCCUGUCCCACGCUCACCGGGUGCAUGCCCCCGGGCAGCGAGUGCAACGGCGUGGCGGACUGCGCAGACAGCCGCAACUCUUUCCCCCAACCCUUUCCUUUUUUCUCCUUUUCCCUCGUUUCCCCUUUGGGUCCGCCAGGUGUCGUGCCCCUCGCUCACGGGCUGCAUGCCCCCGGGCAGCGAGUGCAACGGCGUGCCGGACUGUGCGGACGGCAGCGACGAGGGGCGGCAGUGCCGGCCGGGCUACCAGGACGACAGCAACUACUGCGCCGACCAGGGGCUCGAGCAGUGCCCCUCCGACCGCUACGCGUGCCUGCGCCAGGAGGAUUACUGCGACGGUUACGAGACGUGCUACGGGCACGACGAGGCGAAUUGCAAGAACCACGUGUGCUCAUUCGGGAUGAUUCAGUGCCCCAAGACGUUCUACUGCGCGUGGGGGACUCUUUGUGAUGGCGUGCAGGACUGUGUUGCGACUGCUGAGGCGGAGGACGAGAAUAAGGCGUUUUGUAGAGGGUAUAGUUGCCCCGAGGGGUUUAAGAAGUGUGCGGAUGGGUUGCAGUGCGUUGCAGAGGGGUUGUUUUGCGAUGGGACGGUGAAUUGCAAUGAUGGGAGUGACGAAGGGGCGGCGACGUGUGCUGUGACUCCCCCUGCUGGGGGUGGAACAGGCGCAGUUACCACUACUCCUCCUCCUCCUCCUCCUCCUCCUCCUCCUCCUCCUCCUCCUCCUCCUCCUCCUGCUGAAACUGGAUCGGGCUCUUCUGGAAGCGGCACUAUUGCGCCUCCUGCUCCUCCUACUCCUCCUACUCCUACUGCUACCCCCGGUGCCGGCAGUGGGGGUUCAACUGGGUCAUCUGGAGGAACUGUUGUUGUGCUGAGCGCUGAGGAGGUGGCGAGGCAGAGGAAGGAAGCAGCAGCAAGGAGGGCGGCUGCUGUUGCUGCUAAGAAGCAGGCUGCGGCUGCUAAGCAUGCUGCUGUGGAGGCACGGCGGGCGAAGCAGGAGGCGAAAGCUGUGGCGAUUGCAGAGAAGAAGAAGAAGCAGGAGGAGAAGGCGGCUGCUAUUGCUGAGAAGAAGAGGCUUCAGGAAGCUAAGGCUGUUGCUAUUGCUGAGAAGAAAAGGAAGCAGGAGGAAAAAGCGGCUGCUAUUGCUGAGAAGAAGAAGAAACAGGAAGAGAAGGAUGCUGCUGUUGCCGAGAAGAAGAGGAAGCAGGCAGAAAAGGCGGCUGCAAUUGAGGCUAAGAAGAAGAAGCAGGCUGAGAAGGCAGCUGCGAUAGAGGCUAGGAAGGAGAGGGAGGCUGCACGGGCAGCAGCUGUGACCAAGUGA